AUGGACGCGCUGCUCGAGCCUCUGGAGGCGCUCAUGGCCGACAUCAGGGAGAAGUGGAGCGAGCUGAGCGGGGAGCAGGGCAUCUUGGAGUCGCUCACGGAGUUCGCCAAGGCGAUCGACUGGACGGAGCCCCUCGUCGUGUCCUUGUUGUCGUUCCACGCGGUGUUGCUGCUCCUGGUGGUAGCCAUGCGGAAGAACGGAUCUUUCCAGGCCGCUGUGUUUUUCCUCGGGGUCAGCAUCGUUUUCUGUGCAGAGUCGCUAAACAAAUGGAUGGCAGCAAAUUGGCGCACAUUUGCACGCCAGCCUUAUUUUGACCCAAAUGGCAUAUUCAUGAGCACGAUGCUGUCAGGGCCGAUAAUGUUGGUUCUGUUUCUGCAACUGAUAAACUACCUGUGGGAAGCGUCAUCCCUUCUGGUGUCGCUGAAACGCAGACAACUAAUGCACCAAGCAUGCCAAAGGAGAGCGGAGUCUCAGGAUGGACAAGACUCCAAGAAGCACAAAUGA